AUUUCCCCCUGAUCUUGUGGUAGAACGUUUCCCUUUGGUUUCACUAUAAUGUGGCAAAUUAUUCCCUUUUUUGUGAUAAUAGACACGAUGGUACCUGAAGAUGAGACCUCUCUCCUCUGCCAAGUUCGGUUCAGAUGUGCUCCGCUGCUGGUGCCCGGACAGUGGCAUCACCUUGCUGUGACGGUGGCAAAAGAAACGAAGCAGAUCUGCACCGUUUCGGCCUAUCUGAACGGCAGCCUGGUGGGCUCUGCGAAGAUGCAGUACAUCCGGGCACUGCCAGGGAGCUUCACUUCUAUGGACCCUUCUUCUUUUAUCGAUGUCUUUGGCUUUGUGGCUACACCGCUGAUGUGGAGAAAGAGGUCUUCCUUGUCUUGGCGCCAAGGCCCCAUGUUCUUAUUUGAAGAAGUUCUCUCCAUGGAAACUUUGCAGCUUAUGGAAAAACUUGGUCCGAGAUACUAUAGCAAUUUCCAGGCUGUGGAACUUAGAGGAGAAGGGUCCCAUGGCCACGUGCCAAAGGUGGCUCCUUUGGUGGCACCAGAGAAGAUUUCCUUUGGGCUCAACACCAGAUGCUCAUUUUACACAACAGUUAAAGGCAUAAAAGACAGCUGUGGUGAAGUGGACGGGCGUCUGGUCGCUAAAGAGCUGAAGCUGUCCUCCCGUGAUAAUAUAACACCUGUUUUCAUGGCUCAAAAUACUGCUGCAAAACUCCCUGGAUGCUUAAGAACAAUUGGUGCCAUUGUGGUGGGCCAGCAUGGGACCCAUGUCUUCCAGUCCUGUCCGGCUGUGGUCAGCCUGAGCUACCUUGGCGGCCCUUCUCUUCUGCUGGCUCUGCUGGCCAGGGCUCAGGAUGACCACGCGGUUUAUGCGGCCGUCAAGGUCUUGCAGACCGUCAUGAGCUGCAGCGCAGUGAAUGAACGCCUGAUGGGGGAUGAAGGCGAUGGGUAUCAGAUUCUGGCAUAUCUGUUGAAGAAAAAGGCCCACCUAUUAAACAGCAGAAUUCUGCAUCUCGUCCUUUCCAUUGGUGGCACCAUGGAAGCUGGCUUAGAACAGCCGACAAUCAAAAACCUGGAGAUCUUCCAACAUAUUGUCUGCAAUUUUGAGCUGUGGUGCUCUGCCUCGGGAAACCUGGACCUCCCUCUCUUUAAGCAUCUCACGGAAGUCCUCCAGUCCUCCAGAGGAAAGAAUUCCCCCGGGAACCCCGUCCGGCAGGCGCAGAUGGUGCCCAAGCUUUUUCUUCUCCUUGGGGAUCCCGGGAUCCCGGCCUCUCGCCUCCGCCGGAUCUGUCUCCUCCUCCACCAUUCACUCCGGGGCCACUUCAGCAUCCAGGAUCUCUGCUGGAUUGGCUUAUUCUUGGUUUACACUUUAUCUCCUGCAUCUAUUGAUGAAAAUGAGACCUUCUCCAAUAAUAUUCCAGAGCCAUUUGGACAAGGCUUAACUCAGGCACCUGGGAAAAUGGUCUGGCUUCGAAAUCAGUUGCUGAGCAUGCUGCUGGAUGUACUACAACCAGACAAACCUCAUUCGUCCUCUGUGAUCCAAGAAGAAAUGUUCCAGGCCUUGGGCCCUGACUGGUUCCUGAUGUUUAUGCAAAGCCACGUGCAUAGAACCACAAUUGUGCUGGCAGCCAAACUGCUCUUCCAUUUCCUGCACAACCACACGAACCUGCAGGAGUUCACAGAGGGGAUGGUGGCAGGCCUGUGGCUGAAAAACAGCUUAGAGGGGCUGAAUAUUUUGACCGGUAGGCCCUCUGGUCGGCUUGCAAUGGGAUGCUGAGGCCAGCUGUGGAUCACGACUAAUUAUU